AUGUCUCGUCCCACCGUUGCCCCUCCUGGGCUACGCUCUCGAGCCAAGCAAGCUACCUCCGUGGAACACCGGCAAACUCCUCUGUCGCCGACGAUACCUGAAGAGGGUGGCGUCCCUGGUCGCUUCAACAAUUCCGGUACCGGAGUUCCCCCAGGAAUCAUGGACCUGUUCGAUCAAGAUAUGGACUCUAGCUCUGAUGAGCUAGAGUCACUAUACGGGCCGUCCCACCUAAACGAUGUUGCCUUUCCCGACUCUCGAGACGGAACAGAGGUGUCACCUGAACAGGAUCAAAGAGCUAUCACCAAUACGUGGCUUCCAUGGUACCCUCUUCGAAAGAAAGAGCAUGCGGCCUUGUUGUUAAUGUUGGGCACAAGCCGAGAUCUGAUGUCGACAGCAGAAUAUACACGUAUACGCUGUAUCUUGAAGAACGUCCUGCAAGUGGAUCUGCCCGAUCUUGGACAUUUGAAAAACAUUCGUAAAGACCUCAAGGCCCGCCUCGGCCUGAGGGUGCUGGAACAAACAAGUCCGCUGGGCAAUCCGUGUUUUACUCUUUCAGUGACUGAUAUCAUAUCUCAGGAGUUAUCUAACCCCGAAGUAGCUCCAAACAUCGAGUUUCUGCCGGAGGACGACAAAGCGGUCAUUGUUGAUCGUUAUUCUCAAUCGAAAAAGUGGCGUGAAGACCUACCACCAAGUCUUCGAGUGCCUAUGGUUGAUGUCGACGGCGAGCACUUUUACAUAUACGAACCCGCACAACUUGCGGAUUCUCGUGUAGUUAUUCCGGUUUUCUUUUAUAAGGAUGAGCUGGUUGUUUGGGCAAAGUGCUUGGAAGUGGUGCCCAACGGUCCUGGCGGCUCUCACCACUUCCGCGUAGCUCGCGAGCCCAAGUUUGAUUCAGCUACUCUCUUGGAUGUGGAUGUUCAAACCUUUGCAUGCUCUUUUACAAGAAUAGAAUUGCAUAAUGGCAUGAAGUGGUGCAACUCUUCAGCGACUCAAUUAUUACGUGAGCUGGUCCUUCAUGGCCACAUUUGA